AUGGGGCUCACUGGCGCGGGUGUUAUCGCCUCCGUCGUGGGUAUCCUAGGCGGUCUGUCGCUAUCCUGCGGUGGAUGGUCGUCGCUGUCACUUGGCGCUCGCUCACUUUUUGUGACUACGCAAUUUCUUUCCGCCUUUGCCAUGGGAUUUGUGGUUGCUUUUACUGCCAUCGUCUCAUUAUCGGACACAAAUGAAUGGGUUGCUUUAGCAGCAGGAGGAGGCGCAGGCUUUGUGAUUGCUCUUAUUGUUGGAUUCAUGACGUUCUUUGGACCGUACAUACUAAUUUUGAUCACGGGUGGCGUCAUCGCGUGCUACUUGCUGCUUAUUGACGCAUACAAUGGUAUCAACGUGUUUCCAGCGGAUAAUCAAUUGGCUCGUCAAGAAUUUGUCAUUGCUUUUAUGAUUAUUUUCGAGCUUGUAUGUAGCUCAUCUUCUAAAACAACGGAAUUAGAGAAUCAUCGAUUUAAGUAUAUCAUCUUUUCUGCCAUAACUGGUGGAUGGAUGGCUGGUGACGGCGUUUCUCGUCUCAUUGACUCGACAGCUGUGCUUUCGACUGUGGCUUACACGUCGUUUCAAGAUGGAGGCAAGGCUGCACUACGAGGCAUUGACGCGAGCGGGCAAUCACUUAUGUUUCUUAUUUGGGCCGCCGUUGUGGUGAUUGGAGGUCUUAACCAGCUGGCCAUGCGCUGGGGCCUUGUGUGCUACAAUCGUGUGGGUGCCCACGCUCAAUUGGGACCUGUUGAAGAGCAGCUGCCAGAGCUUCCUACUGGAGCAACGCUACCAGCUCAAACAAUGACCGAACGUGUACGUCUCGUGUGUGAGAAUUGCUUUGCCACUGUUCCAGCUGGCACUGCUUUCUGUACAGAAUGUGGUGAAGCGAUGCCUUCGGAAGACGCAAAUCCUGAUGUGAGCAUUUCACAGGCUCAAAUGCCAUCUGUGGCUAUGAACAAUAAAAGUCAAGUGCCAGACCGCUGGCAGCAAGUGCCACAUCGUACGUACAUGAGUACAACAUCAUUUGUUGACCCGAAACAUGCCAAGGAAGGUGGCGUGAGUAUGAAGGACAACAGUCGCAGUAUCCGCUUUAUGGACUCGGGUGUUCAAGGUCCAGAUGGUAAAAUGAGUCAGUAUAAUGACUCAAUAGCCGGUGUUCGCAACUACUAUGAACCAUCAUUUCGAUCAUUUGCCAUGUCCACAUACUCUAUUGCCAAUCGCGCUGCGGAACCGGUGGAAACACCUAACAUCCGCAAGUACAAAAUGUCGGGUAGUGGCAUGUUUCACGUCUUUUACUUCGGCACGGCGGCUACCGGUAUUUUCUGGUUGUAUUAUCUCACAACUAUGUACCCUCAGCAGUAUUUCUGUGACCAUGCACGUCCGACGCUUCCAUGUAGUGAACUACCGACAAGUGAAAUUGUAGGAUGCUACAGUUCAACUGUCAACUUUGAUGCUGGAUCUGGAGAAGGGUAUUGUAUUAAGGAUGUGCCCUUCAUGUCGUGGGUCAUGUACGCUAUGAUGAUUUUCAGCGAGUUUCUCAAUUUUUUCCUGGGUUUGCUGUUUAACUUCAGUAUGUGGCGCCCCAUUCGUCGUGGAGCUCGUUUCAUGAAUGACUUUAAGCCGCCUAUUCCAAAGGAACAGUGGCCGACUGUUGAUAUUUUCUUGUGUCACUACAUGGAACCAGUGACGGAUUCUAUGCAGACACUAAAAAAUUGUCUGGCCAUGCAAUAUCCUCCUGAACUGCUUCAUAUCUUUGUUUUGGAUGAUGGUUACACCAAGUCAGUUUGGGAUGCUAAUAAUCAUUUCAAAGUGACAGUCAAUACGAAGGUGAUUGAGAUUGCUGGUGACUUACGUGGCGAUCUGGCCCGAUUAAUGCACGAGCGCGUUGUUGGACCUGUACAGGACGAUCAGAGUCUAAAGUCGUGGCGACGUCAGCAUAGUUCUGUCCGAGAGCUUCGUAAAGAGGGAGGAAAAGGUGUUCAGCGUCGUGAUUGUGCUGUCGGCUCACUAUCGGAUGAUUAUGAUUACCGUGAUCGAGGUAUCCCGCGUGUGACCUUCAUUGGUCGCAUGAAACCUGAGACCCAUCACUCCAAGGCCGGUAACAUCAACAACGCGCUGUUUAAUGAAGGAGCUGACGGAAAGUAUCUGCUGAUUCUUGAUAACGAUAUGAAGCCGCACCCGAAGUUUCUCCUUGCCGUGCUUCCGUUCUUCUUCUCGGAAGGCGAAGCCGUGGAUGGCGGAGGCCGCCAGUACAGUGAUGACAUUUCGUGGAAUCAAGUGUCCUACGUACAGACGCCACAAUAUUUCGAAGACACGCCGCAGCUGACCAUCAUGGGUGACCCGUGUGGACACAAGAAUACCAUUUUCUUCGAUGCCGUGCAAUGUGGUCGUGAUGGUUUUGACUCUGCUGCCUUUGCCGGCACGAACGCUGUUUUCCGCCGACAGGCCUUUGACUCGAUUGGUGGCAUUUGCUAUGGUACGCAGACGGAAGAUGCGUAUACUGGUAACGUGCUUCACACUUCCGGCUGGGACUCGGUUUACUUUCGAAAGGACUUUGAAGGCGAUGCUAAGGAUCGUAUUCGUCUGUGUGAAGGUGCGGUGCCCGAAACUGUGGCUGCAGCCAUGGGCCAGAAGAAACGUUGGGCUAAGGGUGCUGUCCAAAUUCUACUUAUGAAAAAUGAGAGUGAGGUCGACCCGGACUGGCGUCCACCGCGCGUGCCGGCUCCGGACCCAAAGCCGUCGCUAGCUUUUCCGCGUAAGAUGUUCUUCUACGAUUCAGUGCUUUAUCCGUUCGGUUCGAUCCCUGCUCUAUGCUACGUGGCAAUCGCCGUCUACUACCUGUGCACAGGUGAUGCACCCAUCUACGCACGCGGUACAAAGUUUCUCUAUUCUUUCUUGCCUGUGACUUUCUGUCGUUGGGUACUCAACCUGCUGGCCAAUCGUGCUGUCGAUAACAAUGACGUGUGGCGUGCUCAGCAGACGUGGUUCUCCUUCUCAUUUAUCACGAUGAUGGCUAUCGUUGAGGCUAUACAAGCGCGUGUGACGGGCAAAGACAAAUCGUGGGCUAAUACUGGUGCAGGACAGAAAACGUCCUGGACGGAAAUUCCCAACGUUUUGUUUUUCUUCACACUACUUUUCAGUCAGGUGGUGGCCUUGAUUCGAUUCUUCGAGUAUGAAAAUGCAACAAAUCCCUGGAACUACGUAUCUGCCAUGUUUUUUGGCUUUUUUGUCAUGAGCCAAUUCUACCCCAUGGUCAAGAUGAGUAUCACUGAAUAUUGUGGAUGGGACCACACUGCUGCUACCUUUACCGCAAAUGUGUUCGGCUCGUUAUUGGUCGUUUACGUUGUCGUGUUUGUGCAGCUAUGGCAAGUCUACUACGAAGGAAACUUGCUAGUGGCUCAAGGUACCGACGGUGGUGGUGGUGAUGCUGCCACGCCUGCAACAGCAUAUGCAGCCAAAGAUCUCAGUGCUUGGGCUUUAGCUCUUCAACCUCAUCGUGAGUGCACAGUUGAAGGAUAUUAUUCGGUUCCAGGUUCGACGAAAUCGCAAUCGUGUCCAGACUUGGAACUCUGUCCACCGGGUUCCUACUGCACUGGUGGAGAACAAAAGCCAUGUCCUGCUGGAGUGUAUGGAGAUGUGGAAGCAUUACAUACGAAAGAGUGCUCAGCUCCAUGUCCUGAAGGCUACUUUUGCCCAUUAGGAACAGCAAUACCAAUAAAAUGUGGUGCUGCAGAUGUGUAUUGCCCUUUAAGUUCGACGCACCCUCUUCCAGUGCCUAAAGGUUUCUAUGCACUUGGUGGUACACCGUCAACUCGUCGUAGCAUUCAUCCGUGCAAUCCUGGAUCCUUUUGUGUCGCUGGAAAGUCACAAAAAUGUCCUUCACGGACGUAUGGAGCAACUGCUAAACUCUCAUCACCUAAAUGUACAGGACUAUGUCCAGUAGGCCAUUAUUGUCCUACAGCCAGCAUUCAACCGAUUCCGUGCCGAUCUGGGACUUAUGGAGAUACACCAGGUCUUAGUGAUGAAAGUUGCUCAAAUCUUUGUCCACCUGGUUACGCUUGCCCUGAAGGCACAGCAUCAGCUACAACGUGGCCAUGUCCUCAUGAUACUUUCUGUCCAUUAGGUAGUUCCAAGCCUCAAGCACCUCAUCUUGGUUUCCACGUAGUUCGAAAGACAGUGACAGAAGAAGUGGCUUGUCCUAAAGGCUCGUACUGCAGUCCAGUAGAAGCUCCAGGUGUUUCAAAACUUUGUCCAGGUGGAACGUUUGGAAAUGUCACUGGAUUGACAACUUCUGCAUGUUCAGGACUGUGUGAGGCAGGAUAUUUUUGCCCUCGAGGUAGCACAAAUGCCACACAGCAUCCGUGUGGAAACGUAGAUGUCUUUUGUCCGCCUGGUUCGACAACUCCAACGUUAGUAUCUCGAGGUUCUUACACGAUUGGUAGAUCACAUUUGAACUCAUUAGCAAGAGAUUCAGAAGCUGCCAUUAAUCGAGUCACUCGCAUCACUGAGCGUCGAUGUGAACCAGGUCACUACUGCGUCAAUGGAGAGCGUUUUGCUUGUCCUGCUGGGACGUUUGGCGACAAAUUUGGACUUUUAACGUCAGAAUGCUCAGGCAAAUGUGCGGCUGGAUAUUAUUGUCCAGAAAAAAGCAUCGUGGCCGAAGCGGUGGCAUGCACUACGAGCACAGCAUUCUGUCCACCAGCUUCAGCGUUACCAAGCAUAACGAUGAAAGGAUAUUGUGCUAUCUCUGAGGAAAGUGGUAGAUGGUAUGCACAACGAAAGGCAAAACCAGGUGAGUUUGCAUGGCGAGGAAUGUGCUAUCCGUGUCCAGCGGGAACCUUUGGCUCGGAACAGAUGGAGAUACGUCAAACUUGCUCGGGUUCGUGUGCUGCUGGAUACUAUUGCCCUUUAGGAAGCACGUCGCGAUUUCAACAUGAAUGCGGAUCAGCAUCUGUGUAUUGUCCUGUUGCUUCGAAGAGCCCUUGGCAAGUACUUGCAGGGUUUUACACUUCCAUUGACAUCCGUGCGAUCAUUCCUAAUAAAACACAAGCUCCUGGUUGUGAACCUGGUUUGUAUCGAGACUAUACAACUAGCGUCAAUGCUUUUCUGGAUGUUGUGACUGGUCGAAGUCCACUUGUUGUUGAUUAUGGAGACUAUUCUUAUCCAGUAGCCCGCUGUGUACCAUGUCCAGAAGGAACGUUUAAGACACAAACGGGAGAUGAUGUCAGCCUUUGCACAUCAUGUCCGGAGUAUACGACUGUGAGUUCAGAUGACCGUCGAACAUGUUUGUGUUUCAGACGAGCUGGUGGACAACAAUUUGAUGUCUCAAACUUUGCACUGUACUUUGACAAGACAAUGCUCACGUGCGAACUUGUACCCAAAGCGCUUCUCACUACUCUUGCGGAUGGAAACGACGAGAUUAAUUCAAUAUACACUCGUUCUGAACAAUUUCCAUGUGAACGAGGAUAUUUUUGCAAAGACGGCGUGCGAACUCCAUGCCCUGCUGGUUUUUAUGGCGACGGACUGCUUGAAACGCGUCCGACGUGCUCCGGCAUUUGUUCGCCUGGAUAUUACUGCCCACUUGGAAGCUGGAACAGCACCGCGCAUGCUUGUGGGGAUGUUAAUGUCUUUUGUCCAAGGGGUAGUGCUAUUCCUACACCUGUUUGGCCAGGUCACUACUCCGUCACACGCUCAACAGUCACUAAUUCUGAAGGACAGCAAGAGUGUAAGCCAGGAUCGUUUUGCAUCGAUAGCAAAUCAUACUUGUGUCCAGCUGGACGCUAUGGCGACAAGACAGCAGAGACGUCACCUUUGUGUUCAGGAUUGUGUGCACGAGGAUAUUAUUGUCUUGAAGGAAGUACGUCUCCAAUGCAAUUAAAGUGUGGUAGUGAUGAAUACAUCUGUCGAACGGGGUCAUCAAAGCCGCAGCUUGUAUUCCCAGGGUACUAUUCUAUCGGUAUCACCAAUUCGACACGAUUUAUUCAAAGACCUUGUGAACCUGGAUACUUUUGUAUGCAUGGCAUUAAAUAUCAAUGUCCUGCUGGGACAUAUGGAGCAACGAGUGGUCUUAGCACUGCAGCAUGCUCUGGUAAAUGUUCUCCAGGAUAUUAUUGCCCGUCAUUCCCUGGACUACCGAGUACAUCGAAGACACAAAACGAGUGUGGCAAUAGCUUCACUUACUGCCCUGAAGGGACUGGAAAUGAACCAAAGGUUGUCGAAAGUGGUCAGUAUAGUAUUUCAACUAGUGGAAUAUCGGACGAUGGACGCAAUGCAACGCAAGAUGAUGUGAAAAUUUGUCCCAAAGGUUUUUACUGUCGUCAAGGUAUUCGCAUUCGUUGUCCAGAAGGAACGUUUGGUAAUCUCGAAGGAUUAAGUUCACCAAUAUGCUGUGGGUGGUGUCCUGCUGGUUUCUUUUGUCCGUACGCUACAAUAGAUUAUCGGACAAAUCCGUGCAUUCCUGGAACUUACUCCUCGAAAGGAUCUACAACUUGCAUUCAGUGUCCGAUCUUUUUGCAGAAAAAUGUAUCAGAACUUGAAAAGCUUCGCUUUCUAUCACAAAAUCCACAGCCAUGCACUACUCACCGCGAAUGCUGCAAUGACGUUUCGUAUCGCUUAAAUCUUGAAUGA